GGAGAGCGAGAGAGCGGUAGAGGGGCGAACAGAACAUGAAAAACUGCGCGAGAUAACGCGGCAGCUAUUUUUGUAUGGGUCGUCGUCUAGUUCGCACGGACAUCGGAAAAUACGCAAGGUGCAGUACACGGCCAGUUGGAAAAUCACUAACAGCGGACAAAUCGGUUGCCCAGAAAGUCACAACAAAAGCGAAUAAAGCCAAAGUACACGGAAAGGCCAAGGAAAAGCGAGAAAAGCAAUGACGAAAUGAUUUGAAUUCGCUUGGCAGUCAACGCGCAUAAUCGUAGCCAUCGCACACACACAGCCGCACGGACACACACACACAAGGCACACGGCGGGUGGGAGUGUGAGUGAGAGAGCGCGAAAGGGUGCAAGGGGGCGGGCGAAAUUGAGUGGGCGCAGCAGCAGCAACAACAAAAGAAAACAAGACGAAAACAAACGGCAAUUGCCGUGUAAAUUGCACGGAGAACACAAACAAUGCGGAUACGCGAGAAACGCAAGUUGCAGAGGGAGAUGAGGGAGGAGAAGCGCGGGGAGCGGGAGAAGAAGGAGCACAAGGAGUCCGCCAAGACGCAGGACAACAACAACAAGGCGAAGGACACUGACACGGAGGUUCCCACACCAGCUCCUGCGCCUGCGCCUGCUCCACCAGCAGCACCCACUUCGACUGCAUCGCCCACAUCCACACCCACACCCACUGGCACGCACACCCCCAGCCUGCCGGCCGCCGAGAAGGUGGCCUUCGACAAUCGCAUCAAGCGCAAGAAUGUCCUUGCCCUCAACGAAAAGGUGGCUGCACUGCGGGAAUACGAUCGCCUACCGGUUUACAAGCACGUGGGCCGGCUGUUCAACUGCAGUCCAGAUCAGAUCAAGCGGAUCGUGCAGCAGCGCCCGGAGAUUCUGAACGCGUGGGAUCAGCGAACGCGCAGGAGCCAGGACGCCAAGACCAUGGAGACGAAGACAGUCAAGGUAUCGAUGCUGGGCAAGGCCGUAUAUGAUUGGAUACGCCGCAUGAUGUACUACAAGGACUUCAGCAUCUCCGACGGACUCAUUCAGAAGAUGGCGCUGCAGUUCAAGAGCUCCAUGGGCCUGGCCCAAUUCUUUCCGCACCAGGAGUGGUGCGACAAGUUCCGACGCACCUACAGCAUCCAACACAGCGACACCAGACUGCUGAAGAUCGGCUACACGCAGGGCUACUCGGUGCAGAUCAAAGACAUCGUCAAGGAUGUUAUGUCCGAAACCAUGCCAGAAAGUGGGCCGCGGAACGGAGAGGAGGACGACGAAGAGGUCAGCUUGGGCAGCCCACUGAGCAGCCAUCCUCGCAGCUGUGCUGAAGACGAGGACGACGAGGUGGAUGUGGACGGUGGCGGUGUCAGCGGCGAGGAUGAUAUGGAGGAGGAGCCUGAUGUUAAGCCCUCGUUGAGCGAACUUAAUCUGGCCAGGGCUCUAAAGCCCUUGCCGCCGCUGGUUAGACUGCCACUGCAAGCCAACACACCGCCGGGCACCUCCCAAAAAGUACUCCUGGCCACACCCAUUGUUCCGACGCAAGCGGGCGGACAGCCCAUGACCAUGACCAUCAUACCACUGGCCACUCUGGCUCAGAGCAUCACCAAGGUGCCUGCCUCACACCCGCAGGACAAAGGACCAGUGGUGCCGCCACCCAAACUGGAGAUCAAGCAGGAAAAGGACAUCAAGGUGGAGCCCAAGGAUUCGGAAGAGUUUCCGGCGGAUCAGCCGGAGGCGGAGCUGCAGGAGAACGAAGUUCGAACACCAACGGAAAAGGAGCUUGAACUUCCACCCACUGUGCAAAUCAAAGUGGAGCCAGAGGCGGAGUUGGAAUCGGAAAUGGACCAGGACCAGGACCCAGCGGAUCUCGAUGAAGACGCGAACAAUGGUCGUUCCAGUGUCACUUCGCUGGCCGAGGUUCUGGCAGCCAAUGUGGAGGACGAGAUGGAGUACAUCGAGCAGAUGCGGCAGCGCAAGAUGAGUUCGCCUGCGGCAGUCGAAAAGUCACUGAAUCCUCGCCAGGGCACCAAACGUCGCCAUGAGUCCGCCCAGGAUGAUAACAACAAUGGCGGGGAAUCUGGCCAAGGAAGUGGGUCAAGAGUCAUCAGCUGCGCCGAUGCACGCAAGUACCUAAAGCUCCUCGAGGAGUUUGCUCUGUACAAGGAGAACUACCGGCUGAUUGGCCUGAUCACACGAGCCGAUGAGGUGAUGCGGGAAAUGGAUGACAAUGUGCCGUAGAAUGCUCCAAACUAUGAGUGCACCAUGGAGUGGGGAGAGGAGGAGGAAUAGCUGCAGCCAAAGAGCAUACGCUACGCAAACUGAUGCAUCUAGAAGAUGCACGUCGGUAUCGGUCGGAUGCAAUCAAUCAUUAGAGCUAAGGCGGACAUAAUUUGUAUUUGAACCAAAUAAACGCAAUCAAACCAA